UCUCCACUCUCUGAGGAAGAGUUCACCGUCUUUUUUAAAGGUCGGCGAGGAUCACUGGGAAAUAACCGGGAGGAAAGCUGUUGUACGUGAGGACUCACGAGAUUAGAGGGAACAUUUAGGUGUUAGUGGAUGGAGUGCUGGGAAGUAUAGAACGAGGCGUUGACGAGGGAUCUAAGGAAUCGUGAUUGUAGGAUCUGCAGAGAUUGGAAGGUGUGUUCGCAUGUCGUGAUCAGUUUUCAUCUUCUACCUCUCAAUCUUCUCAUAAACGUUUCCUAGAAUGGAAGAGAAUCUGUUGGAACAGGAAGCCGCCUACCACAAGCUCAACGCAGAAUUGGAGCUGAGGACAAGAAGGCUGAUGAAAGACGUCGAAGAAGCGAUGAAAGGAAGAAGUGAUACGAAAACAUGGCCCAACUACAGCUAUGACUAUUACGACGAUUAUGAAAAUGUUGUAAAGCCAAGAGGGAGAGAGUUGACAUCAUCAUCAUGUGGGUACAAGAGCCCGAUGUCGGAUGUAACAAGUGACCUUUCAGAUUUACGUUAUGAGAAGAAAAUCAUGACUGUUAGUUCCAUGUUGAAGAAAAAUGCUCCUGUCCGUAAAAAACUUCCUGCAAAUGAGUCGACAUUGGAUUGCGGGGACCUUAUUCCAAUGAGCACUAAAGGCCUGAGUGCUGAAAGUGUGGCUAGGUUUCUCAAAGCUAAAGGUAAAAUGUUACAAGAGGAACUGGCCAAUACUAAAAGAGAGCUAACAAAGAAGACUGAUGAUUGGAAACGAAUUCAGAAGGAAUUGAAGGAUUCUGAGGACCAAAGGAUAAAACUGGCGUCGGAUUUAAUGAAUGCAAGGGAAAAAAUUAAAAGACAAGAAGGCAAUUUAAAUACAAUCAACGAACGAUUGUCGAUGAGAGAUUCUGAAAAUGCUUUUCUAAAAAAAGAAGUAGAAAUGUUAAAACAAGACUUGAAGAAAAUAAAUCAACAAUAUUCUAACAACGAUGUUAAACUGAACAAAGCAAAAGAAGAAGUGGAAAAGUUCAAGAACCUUUUAAAGAUGUCCCAACUCAAUGAAAAGGAAGCCAAAGAGAAAUAUAGAGCAAAAGAAGAGGAAAUGAAUCUCACUGUAAAUAAACUUGAGAGGCAUAAAAAUGCUCUGCUCUCUGCAAUUAAAAAACAGGUUUACUUAAUAGACAACCUUAAGACACAAAAGGCAUACUUAGAACUAAAUGGUAUCACAAAUUAUUGUGAAGAGGAAUUUUUAAGGCUGUUAAAUUGGAGACCAAAUGAAGUGUAAAGCUCAAUGAAAGACU